UGGAUAUGACUCUAAGCGCAUGCGCAAGCGUUAUGGGCAGCAGCACAACCCGGAAGUAAAAGUGUAUCAUCUUGACACGUAGCAGAGAAGGUCCCCAGUAAUGGCUUCCUUUGACAACCUCAACUCAGACUUUUACCAGACAAGUUACAGCAUUGAUGACCAAGCUCAGUCCUAUGAUUACAGUGGAGUUGGAGACCAGUACAACAAUCGACAAUAUGGAGCGUAUGAUUACUCGCAGCAGGCUGGUUUUGUUCCUCCAGGCAUGAUUCCGCAACAACAGUACACAGGACAAAUUUAUCAACCAGCACAGGCGUACACACCAGCUACCCAUCAGUCUGUCUAUGGAAAUACUUUUGAUGAUGAGCCACCAUUAUUAGAAGAACUAGGAAUCAACUUUGAUCACAUCUUGCAGAAAACUUUAACAGUGCUACAUCCACUUAAAGCAGCAGAUGGCAGCAUUAUGAAUGAAACAGAUCUUGCUGGGCCUAUGGUUUUCUGCUUGGCUUUUGGAGCUACAUUGCUACUGGCAGGCAAAAUUCAGUUUGGCUACGUAUAUGGGAUCAGUGGCAUUGGCUGUUUAGCAGUGUACUGCUUGCUGAAUUUGAUGAGUAUGACAGGAGUUUCGUUUGGCUGUGUUGCUAGCGUACUGGGAUACUGCCUCCUUCCUAUGAUCUCCCUUUCAAGCUUUGCGGUUUUCUUUUCUUUACAGGGAAUGAUGGGUAUAGUGCUCACUGCUUUAAUUAUUGGAUGGUGCAGCUUUUCAGCUUCCAAGAUAUUCAUGUCCGCUCUGGCUAUGGAAGGACAGCAGCUGCUAGUAGCAUACCCAUGUGCAUUGUUAUAUGGAGUUUUUGCCCUUAUUUCUGUGUUCUGAACUAAACAGUCUGUAAACUUCGUUAAGAACUGUCAACAGAAAUAAGAACUCCGGAAGAGGGAAACAGGACCAAGAUUAAGUUAUACCAGCAAUGUUAUGCAAGUCUGUUUAUGAUCAUCUGGGGAGCAAUGUAAAUGGACACGUGUCUAGUGUAUGUGCUUUUUUAUGUAUUUUAAUGUAAUCUGGUUUCAUGUUGUCUUUAAUAAAUGCAAAUCUGUUA